AGACCUCUUUAGAUAGGGCGGUAUUUAUAGCAUUUGGCUUGGAUUCUUUUUGUUUUGGUUUUUUUCUUCAGAACUUAAUACCACAUUGUUUAUUUCUCAUUCUGAAAUAAAUGUGAGAGUUGAACAUUGUGCAGCAACAUUGUGCAGCAUUAACAAGCCGCCAUGGAUGCUGUGAACGCGUUCAACACGGAGUUGUUCUCCAUGAUCGAAAUGAAGCCUCCAAUAUCGAGGGCUAAGAUGAUGUCCGUUACUAAAUCAGCUAUUAAAGCCAUUAAGCUGUACAAACAUGUUGUCCAGAUUGUUGAAAAGUUCAUCAAGAAGUGUAAGCCAGAAUUGAAGGUUCCUGGUCUAUAUGUCAUUGACUCCAUUGUUCGCCAGUCACGCCAUCAGUUCGGUGUUGAGAAGGAUGUUUUUGCACCCAGGUUUUUAAAGAACUUCACAGAAACUUUUCAAAACCUUUACCACUGUCCAGAGGAUGAUAAGACUAAAAUAGUUCGGGUGCUGAACCUCUGGCAGAAGAAUGGUGUGUUUGAUAUGGAGAUCCUUCAGCCUCUUAUGGAUAUGGCCAAUGGUACUGCUGUGCCACCUCCUGCCCUUGAAGCAGCUCCUAUCAACCCACAACCAGAAACUAGAGCUCCAGUCAGUAUCCCCUCAUCUGUACCUGUUGUGCCACAAAUACCAACUCCAGAAGCUUUAGCUGCUGUGGCACAACUGUUUAAAUCUUCCCAUGCUCAGGAGCUGCAGAGGAUGCUUCAGGAAUUUCAGCAGCCAGAUAAAACAGUUGGAGCUCCUUCAAUUGCAAAUAACAUAAACCAGCCUCAGAUGCCAGGAACUCAACUUCAUCCAUGUAGUGCUGAAACUGCCAAGAAAAGUUCUUUAGCUGAGAAACUACUUGACCGAUUUGACUAUGAUGAUGAACCAGAGGAUAUGUCGAUCUCAGAAGGCAACGUUCAGCCACAAAGUACACCUGAUAAUUUGUUAAACCAAUUUCCUGCUCACAAGCUAAACACAGAUGUUCAUCAUAUGUUGGGACGGAGUGGGGAUAUAAAGCAGACUGGAGGAAAGAGUUAUGAACAAAAUUUGACAGCAGAGGGAUUUAAUUCUGGAAAAGAGUCUGACCUUUAUUCGACGGAAAACUCUAGAGAAAAUUCUUCCAGGAGGAAUGAUGGGAGAGACAGAAGCUACAGGACAAGGUCCAGAUCUGCUUCCAGAUCUCCAAGGAGGAGAAGAUCGAGAUCCUCGUCUAGAUCAAGGUGGUCACGGCACAGACGCUCCCGCUCCAGGGAACGGCGGCGGAGAUCUCGCGCUGAUUCAGAAGAUGGAAAUGAAAGGGAGAAAGACAGAGAACGCAGGCAGAGAGGUCUUCCCAGCAUCAAGAGCCAAACUCUGAGUGUUUGCAGUACCACACUUUGGGUUGGACAGCUUGACAAGAAAACUCAGCAAUCUGAUAUAAUGUCCCUUUUGGAAGAGUUUGGUCAGAUUGAGUCGAUCAAUAUGAUUCCUCCAAGAGGUUGUGCCUAUAUUGUUAUGGUUCACCGACAAGAUGCUUACACAGCCCUAAAGAAGCUCAGUAGAGGAUCAAAUAAAGUUAACCAGAAACCUACUAAGAUUGCUUGGGCUUUAAACAAAGGUAUAAAGCCAGCACAUAAAAAGUUCUGGGAUGUGGAGCAGGGGGUUACUUAUAUUCCUUGGAGCAAAGUCAAAGUUGAAGAAUUGGAGAGCUAUCAGGAGGGCGGCAUGCUGGAUCAAGAAACACUAAAUCCAGAGUGGAACUAUGCUAAGGAGGGGAACAGCAUGGCAGCUGUGAAUGGAGCAUUGGCAACGGUACCAGAUGCAACUUUCAGUGCUCAUGUUCAGAUGCAGACAGUUCCACAGUGUGAACCAAUUGGAAGUCCACCUUCUUUUCCUGCUCCUAACAUGCUUUCACCGACAUCUUUACCCCUGGGAGGAGCUCCUUUCUUACCCUCAGAGUUUGAUCCUGCACAUCUAGUAGGAGGAAAUAAUAAAGGUUUAGUGGAGUCUGCAGAAGAUUCCCCUGUUGAGCAAGAUCCGUCGUCAACUAUUGGUGCUUGCGAUCACCUAGGGACUCCAGCAACACCUGUUAUGAUGAUGCCUAACCCUACAGCCAUGCAGGGUCCCCCCAGACAUGGAAUGCCACCUCUGCAGCCUCCCCUUGGCAUGCAAAAUCCUAACAUGCGGCCAUUCCCAGGUCCUCCAAACAUGCAACGCAUGCCCUCGCAAAUAACGCAAGGAGAGCCCAUGUUUCCGUCCAAUAGAUUCAGAAUGCCUCUACCUUUUCCCCCACGCGGUCCUCCUUUCCAACGGCAUCCAUCCAUGGGACCAGAGAUGAUGAAUGAUGGGCCAAGGGGGCAUUUCCGGGUGAUCAGACCAGGAUUUGGGCGCCCACCAUUUCAAAGAGGGAGAUGGUAGAAAAUGUUUUAUAAAUGAGCCUAAAAGGGGAGUGUGAAAAACAUCUGUGACAGGUUUGUACUAAUCUGUUUUAGCAAGGAGUUCUGUGAGCACCAGGUGCCGCUAAAUCUUCUGUUCAGACCUGCUCCUUUUUUCCAUCACUAAGUUACUCAGCCUGAUUUUAAGUUCACCAGAGAUACUUUUUUUUUCUGUAUAUACUACACAUGCCUGUAUAUAUUUAUCUUUUUGUAUAAUUAGAUUUGGGUAUGCUCAAUUGUUGGCAUAAGUAGACACUAUUUGUUUUAAGCAGUUAUUGCUCCUCUAAGAAAACAGAUAAAAGAAAAUCUUUCCUUUUUUUUUUUAGCUCCUGAUGUAUUUGACUACCAAAAAUCUCUUCUGAAGAUUUUAUUUCCAACCAGUAGAGGGUGGAAAAAUCUUGUUUAAAACCUCCCUGAUACAUUGAGGUCACACGUUGUUCAACUGUGUGCACUGAAUAAAGAAUG